AUGACCAUCUUUGAGUACUACGGCAAAUUCAUAGCCCUAUCUAGAUUUGCACUUGAAGUUGUAGCCACUGAGGAACUUAAGGCUCAAAGGUUUGAGCAAGGCUUGACUGCGGAGAUACAGUUAGGAUUAGGAGGUGAGACCUUUAAUACAUCCCUAGAUGUUGUGUAUGGGAGAACAUCCAAUAUUUGUGGACUACAGUCAAGGAGGGACAAGAAGAAUGUGGUGGGAGAAACAACCAAGAUAACUACAAUAAGGGUAGACCGUAGACCUGAGAGAGUUCAUCACUGCAAGAGCUGUGACAAAAACCACCCUAGGAGAGUGUGUAAGGAAGACCUAGUGACCUGUAACUACUGCCAGAAGAAGGGUCAUAGGGAGUACGAGUGCUACUCUAAGCAAGGUAAAGAUAAGAAGGGCCAUGAGAGUGGUAAUCAGGUCAGAUCAGGGUUCAACCAGUCAGGAAACCAAGGUCCUAAGUGUGGAGGACAACAGAACAACCACGAGAACUAUAGUAAGCCUGCAAGUGAGAACCCCAACCAGGAUAAGCCUGCUAGUAAACAGUACGUGAUGAGUCGGAAGGAAGCUGAGAAAUCUGCCGACGUAGUUUCUGAUUAUAAAAAAAUUGACUUGUCUGUCAGUAUUCCUACUAGGGAGAUUAUAAGGUGUACCAAGUUUUUUACAAAUUGGCCUUUGAAGAUAGGAGAUUGUAUAUUUCCAUCGAACUUAAAAGAAUUUACUUUCGGAGACCUGGAUGUAAUUCUUGGGAUGAAUCGGUUAAGUCUUUACAAGGCUAACAUCGAUUGUGAGGAUGUGAGCAAGGAAGUUGAAAUAAAGCUUGAGGAUGUUCCAAUUGUGAACGAGUUUAUGGGUGUAUUUCCAUGUGAGAUCUCAGAUAUGCCACCUGCGAGAGCUGUUGAGUUCACCAUAGACUUAGUUCCCGGAACUACACCUAUAUCUAAGGCACCCUAUAGAAUUGCACCUCUUGAGAUGAGAUCACAUCCCUUCCAUGCUCUAUCAGGAAUAUCAAGACCCAAAGGAAUAGAUGGAGAGCGAUUGAUCAGGUACUCUGCAGUUUUCAGUGCCUAG